AUGGAGAAUAUUGAUACGGUUUGUGAGAAUCUCGAAAAGGCAUUUGCUGAGCAGAAGGAUGACUCAGUUACACUGGCAACUAUCAUUGAUAUGUAUGUGGUGCAAAUCAAUGAUGAAGGUAGUAACAAGGACAAGGAGCAAUUCUUAACCAAGUUACUUGAUCAACUAAGAGCUUCUCCAGAUAUUGUUGCAGAGAUUGGUUGGGAUUUACCCAGGGGGUUGCUCAAAUUCUACAACAAGAAGAAUAUUGAUGUAGAUGCUAAAUUGAAAUCUAACCCGAUUGUGGGUCUAGUCAUGCAGUGCUUUAGUGAAGUGGCAUUGUCUGGUAACCCAAAAGAAUGCCUACUUACUGGAUGUGAAAUUCUGUCAGAACUAACUACUAUCCAGAUUAAUGAACAAAUGUUAGAAGAUGAUAGUAAAGAAGAAGGAGACGUCACCAAGGAUGAAAAGAAGACCGAUGAGAAGGGAGAAUGGAUUCCAGAACCACCACAUAGAGAUCCUGUUGAAUUUUUCCUUUACUUAAAUUCUUACGUUCUUUUCGAAUUGAUUCAAACCGCUUUAAAGCGGAUUGCAAGUCUUUACCCAUCGAAAUUUUUAGGUAUGGCGGUAUCUGCCAUCUACAAAUUUGUUAGGAAUAAUAUCGAUGAAGUCUACAACACACCAUUCAUACUACGUCGUAUCUACACUUUUUGUAGGGGUUACAUCCCUCCUGAAAUACCCAAACAGUUAUUGGAAAAUACUAAAUUGGAGAAAAAAGAGUUGGAUAAGAUUACUGAAGAUGAAUCUAUUUUACAAGGUCAAUUGUUACGCAGCCUAUCCACUUUUGCAGUAGGUGAGUGUUUAAAGAAUAAAGCCUCUAGACUGGAUCUCGAAUAUUUCCAUCGUUUGAGAAACACUGAGUUCCAUUUGUCGGAAAAUGAUGAAGAAUUAGUCUUAAUCUCCAAAAGGUUUUAUCAGCUUAUGUUUUCAUUUGAUUUAGAUGUCAAGGAACAAUUUCUAUCUUUCAUUGAAGAGACAAAGGGUAUCUAUAAGGCUUUACCCCCUGAUUCGGAGAUUCCAAACGAUGAAGCUAGACGUGCCAUUGGCCAAGUUGUGUACCAAUUAUCAUACACAUACCAAUUGCAGAAAUUGACCAAAUUGAAACAUUUAGAGUUGAACUCUAAUGGUAUAUUCAUUUUGUCAGGUCUUCACUACCAGGAAACUCAAAAACAUUUGUAUCCUGAAAUCAGUAUUAAAGAUACAGUUCUUCUGUACAUCAGAUGUGCUACGCCUUCAUUGUUUUCUAGUACUUAUACAAACCUGUAUGCCGAAGGCACUGCUAGAUACUGGGUUUGGGUUGCCAUCACUAAUAACAAGGUCCAGAAGUUGAGAGAGGAGUUGUCGGAAUUACCAUCUUAUAUUAGAACUGUAUUCCUACAGAUGGUUUUGAUGCAAAGUUGCAACCAGCCAAAUGAAGAGGCUAGAAUGAUAUCAUUUACCCUCCUAACACGUAUUAUGUGUUUAAUGCCUGAGGAUACAUCGUUUGAAUUUGUUCUGGAUACUUUGUUAACAUGCCCCUUCACUCAUGCUAAGAUCGCCGUGCUGGGUAUUUUGAAAGAUCUCAUGUUGAGAAACUGCCAAAACAAGCAAAGUCUAGAGGAACAAUUUUCCAAUAUGAACUUAACAUCCAAAGAUUCCGAUAAAAGAAGUACUUCUACAUCACCCCCAUCUUUACCUCCAAGAGCUUACAUUGACAUCAAUGAAGACAGAAUGGCAUCCAUUCACAGUGCUGCAAUGAUGACAUUUCAAGACCAAAAAGCAAAGGGAAAAGAUAAGCAUAUCUUGAUAUUGAAUUUUUUGAACUUCUUCAAUGGUUUAAGCCAAAAAUGGGAUAAGAAUUUAUUGCAAGCGGUACACAAAGAGGUGGCUCUUCAAUAUAAUGAGAAGACUAAGGAAGAUGUUCCAGAAGUAGGAUUCAUCAAGAUCGCAAAUGAAACUUUGGGAAAACAUUUAUGA